UUCUUUUUUUUUUUUUUUUUCCUUUUUUUCCUUUUUCUUGUUAUCAGCUAGCAAUCUCAUUUGCAGACUGAGUACUUAAAGAAGCUAUGGAAAAAAACAACUCUCUCUCAUCACAAUUAUUAAAGUGCCACUUUUGUGAUAUCUUAAAGGUGAAGGCACACACAAUGUCCUAUCUUCAUCUCUUUUACCUGGGUUUUUGUCUACUCACUUUAACCCAUUCAGCAGCUGCUGGCCAAGAGACACUCUGUGGCGCUGAGUUAGUGGAUGCUCUUCAGUUUGUGUGUGGAGAAAGGGGCUUCUUUUUCAGUAAACCAUUAGGUUAUGGAUACAGCAGUCGGCGAACACAAAACAGAGGGAUAGUAGAGGAAUGCUGCUUCCAAAGCUGUGAUUUAAGAAGGUUAGAGAUGUACUGUGCACCUGCCAAGCCAGUGAAAUCGGCACGAUCCGUGCGUGCCCAACGUCACACUGAUAUGCCAAAGGCUCAGAAGGAAGUACAUCAGAAGAAUGCAAGUAGAGGAAACACAGGGAGCCGGAGUUUCAGGAUAUAAUACUAAUGCCACUCAAGUCUUGAAGAAUGAAUGUGCCAUCUGCAGGAUACAUCACUGAAAUUGAAAAUCAGAUAAAACAGGGAAAGACUUUACUUCUCUCAAUCAAUGGGCAUUCUUCCUCUGCGCAAUGCAAAUACACAUUCCAAUAUAAUGUAUUCCAUACAGAAUCAAGAUAUCUUACAUAGCUGAUCUAAUACUGUGUAAUCUUUCACCUGUUUUAUACAUCCUGCACAAACAUUUCUUUUAAUAGCCUGUGUCCCCUAGAAGUCCAAAAAUAAAUGGCCUUCUUGAUGGCUCCAAUUGCACUAUACUUAACUAAUGUUUCAUGGGUGCUGGAAGAAUGACCCAGACAUGUCUAUAUUUGCACUUCUCCUCCUGGGCGGUUUAUUAUCCAGCGUCCAAUAACAUUGUUUGCCUGCCCUUCUGUAUUUGCACAGUUUAGCUUUUCAGUAGCAGAACAUGUUUUUAUUCCUCCCUCUAUGUUCAUGAAUCCUAUCAUCCCAACAUAUGUUGAUUGUGAACCAGGUUUUCACAUUUCACCAUGGCUUGAUCCAUCCACCUUUUGCUGAAUAUGUUAUGAUGCAACAGUUAAACACGUCUAGACUCAUAGAAAUCACACAUCUCUCUAGGUGAUAAGCUAGUUUUUUGUCCAACAGUAUACAUUUGUGCUCAAUUCAUUCAAUAUCUGUAUAUCACUAAUGCACAUAUAUCAUUUGGUAUGUAGAGCUGUAAAAUAGUACAAUGGUGCUACCUUAUGUUGUAGUGAGUGUUGUAUAAGGAUCUGGCCACAAAUGUUAACUGGUAAAAGCAAAGACAUCCCUUAAGGACAAACCAGGGCCGUACUGUAAGUGUCCAUGCCGUUUUAUUGAGUUUUACCUUUGACUUGGACUGAACUUGAAUGAAAGAAAUGUGAAAAUAAAUAUACUGAUUAUUUAUCAUUGAGAGAGGAAAUAGAUGUAAAAAUCACAUUGCUGAAGAUACCCUUUUUUCAAAAAUAUUUUUUUACACACUGCCCACUAUUCAGAGUUUAUUUUUCUUUUUCUUUUUUUUUUUCUUUACCUAUUUAAGGGACUUGUAAAACUAUGACAACCCAUUCCAGUUAGAAGCCCUCCAGAUGAUCAGUGGUGAUCAACUGGGAAAGCUGUAACCACUGCUAAGGAAAUGCAGUAUUACAUGCCGGCCAUUUACACUAAGAUCAAUAGGUAAUAAAAGGAGGUCUUAAGCAGGUUAGCCUUUCUACAAGACCCAUAUGCUCCAUUCUUAUUUUCAACUCCUUGAAGCAGUCCUUUAAAGUGUUAACAUUGAUGUUGAAUGGCACACAAUGCUUUACAUCCUAACAUGCAACAAGAUGGACAGGGGUAUAAUUAUUGGUUUAACCCAAUGUCUUCUCCAGGCUACUGCCAUAAAUUGUCUGAUUCUUGGCUCACAAGUAUUAGUGCAGCAAACAAUAAGCCUUUGUGCUGAUAUAUUACAAAGCCUUUCAAAUUUUUAGCCCCUCGUAGACAAGGAAUUUGCCAUGUGGACAGCUUGAUUAUAGGGCUGCGCUGCUUUUCUAACCACACAAUGUAUAGGAAUAUUUUCCUAGCAGUUACAAAAUAUGCUUGUUUUAUCUUAACCCCCUUUACUUGUGUGUAUUGAAAGGCAUUUUUUCAGUAUUCAACAAUGAAAAAGUGUUAAUAGCCACUAACUCGUACCAUAUGGAAAGAGUUCUUCUCCAAGAGGGUCCUGUCAUAAUAAUAAAAUGAUUGCUUCAGUCAUCUCCCAGUAAAGAAUCUCUUCACCAUUUAACAGUUUGGUUGUGUUUAAUUUGUACAGCAGAUGUCAAAAAGGACAAAUCCCCUGAGUCAAUUUACGUCAGUUCAUUGAAUCAUGACCCUUAUUCCAUAUGUGACUUGAGGAGGAGGUUCACUUAAUUUAUGGGAAAGGAAACGCCUGCUUUCCUUACAUAUAUAAUGCUAUUUUCAGAGUUAAUAAUUCUACCAUAAAUGAACAGUGUGUCAUUUAGAUACACUAGUUACUGUUGACCCAAUAAUGGGAAUUACUAAAUGAAAUCUAAAAAACAAUGUUUAACAAAUAAUAAUAACUUAUAAUGUAUUCUCUUUGGACACCAGUCCCAAUAAAUCCAGGAAUAGGUGUCUAUGCUUUAACGUAAUAGGUAGUUAAGUAGAACAGAAUAUUCUCUUUCAAUUCAUAGGCAGGUGACUAUGUGUUAAAAGCUUUCCAAGUCUUUCCAGUCAACACUGUGGGGGAGAUUUAUCAAAACCUGUCCAGAGGAAAAUUUGGCCAGUUGCCCAUAGCAACCAAUCAGAUUGCUUCUUUCAUUUUGCAGAGAUCAUGGUAAAAAUGAAAGAAGCGAUCUGAUUGGUUGCUAUGGGAAACUAGACAACGUUUCCUCUGGACAGGUUGUGAUAAAUCUCCCCCUGCAUAAGGGUAGGGUCGAAGAGAGGGUAGCAUUAAAAAUACUUUUCCUUGUGUAAACUAGACAAAAGAAUCCUUUACCAUCAAGUUUUCCACACAGAAUUUCUCAGUUUAUGGGAUGUAAAAUGACUGUUUUGCAGCUCAAAAAGCAGGCUGUUUGUUCAGACACACAUUCUUUAUGAACAUAGUUGUUUUGGGCCAAUUUUGUAAUGGGCCAUUCACAGCUCAAAAUACAUCUAUAUAUAUGACCCAAUUUUACAUGUAUUAUGACUCAAUCACAAACAGCUACUUUUUGGUCAUAAAACAACACAAGAAACAUCUAAAUGUUUCAGAUGUUUUUUGACUGAAAAACGGCCAUUACAUUACAGUUUAAAAAGCGGUGAGGGAGAAUAAGGCU